UCAAUUUAAACUCAACACCGUCCAAAAUCCUCCCUCUCUCUCUCUCACACACACACAUACUAUACAAACAAACAAAAUUAGAAAAAAAAAUCUUUCCAUCGGCUAAUCCAACAAACAAUGUCAGAAUCACCACAACCACCACCACCACCACCACCGCUACUCUCAUUUCAGCCUCCGCUUCCACUUCAACCUUUUCACAUGGCCCCAACAAUCCUACCUUCCGAUCCACCAGCACCAGCUCCACCGCCACCACCUCCGCCACCGCCGCCGAAAAUAUUUUUCAAUAGACCAUCAGUUAGGGUGACCUCGGAGUUUGACAGUGACAGCUCAAUAUUCCUCCACAAGGUUUCAUGUAAGUUGUUUGAUAGUUUAGCAAAACUCAAGCUCUCUUUCCAAAACAACAACAAAGGAGAGGUCUCGGAGCCCCAAAUUGCAUUCACUUCAAAGCUACUUUCAAUUCACUAUGAUCUUGAAGAUCAAAAUGCCCUUAUCAAGGGCUCCUUUGAUGUGGGUCCCACUUUGCAUUUCAAGGCUGCUCAUGAUGUGAAGGCACAACAAGGAGAGUUGGCAAUGGUUGCAAAGCUUGCUGAUCCAGGCUACGCACUUGAGCUUUCCACUCCUGUUCCAACAAUAGGUUUGCCAAGAGCAACCUUGAAAUUUCCCCUUGGUGAAGUUUCGCUUGAGGAGAGAGAAGAUGAGGAGGUGAAGAGAACAUUGUCAGUUAGUGGAAUUGUCAAAGGCCAGUUACUGAAUGGGCUCUGCACUGCUCAAUUCAAUGAUGAAGAUUUGAAACUAAGAUACUCCUAUAAGGAUGAAGCACUUUCAUUUAUCCCUAGCAUCUCUCUGCCUUCAAAUGCUUUAUCAUUUGCAUUCAAGCGUCGGUUCAGUCCUAAUAAUAAGUUGAGUUACUGGUACAAUCUUGAUUCCAACAACUGGAGUGCCGUGUACAAGCACACUUAUGGCAAAGAUUACAAAUUCAAGGCUGGUUAUGAUUCAGAUGUGCGUCUUGGUUGGGCAUCACUUUGGGUUGGAGAUGAAAGCGGAAAGGCAAAGACUGCCCCGAUGAAGAUGAAAGUCCAAUUUAUGCUGCAAGUGCCACAAGAUGAUAUCAGAUCCUCCGCAUUAAUGUUCCGUGUUAAAAAGAGAUGGGAUAUAUGGUAGGUCUGUCACUAGAAUCUACUCUUUCCUCGUGUAUGUUCAAAUGUAAUGAUAUUGCAUUAUUUUAAAAAUACAAUCAAAGAUCUAUUGAUUUUCAUCUUUUCGUUUAAAAAUACUAUUUGAUCUAUUGAUUUUCA